GCAGCUCAUAUCCAACUCAUGUGAAUGUCCAAUCGGACAGCGCAGGUGAGUCGGGCACCUUGGUUGAUUUUAAUUUGGCAAACGUAGAGAAGUGUAACCAGGGAGACACGGAUAGCAGCCUUGUGUUCAGAUUUAGCACUUGCCGAAGUUUAUCCAUCAUCAAGUAUAAAAAAGCUCACACAGCUAUGAGGGUCCAAUGUGUGCUACCUGUGACAUUAGUCCUGUCCGUCGCUCUGGUGGGGAUCAUGAAAAUGCGGAAAUUGCAGCACGACAAAUACGAAAGACAGAACAAUUUUCAGGAUAUCAAGCUGCGGGUGACCAACGAUGUGCUGCAAGGCUAUAAUAGUAUGGCGGCGGAGACGGAAAACCUCAUGCAGAAGACCCAAACUGAGCAGAAAGCGCUGGAGGAAGAAACGGUCAGGCUCGAGGCCGAAGCAAUUGCGGCAAAGGGUAGAUCGGACAUCUGCGAGUCAGGCCAGAAACAUGUGACAGAUGAGCUGACAUCAGUAGAGACGGAAUUAAAAAAACUCCAAGAUGAAUUCGAGAAGGAGAAGACCAACUUGAAAACAGAAUCGGAUACACUGAACCAGCAACUAGCAGCAAAGAGUGCAGUGUGUGGCUUUUUGAAAGCAGAAUUAACCCCUGCAAGCCAGCUGUGUGGCAUCGUAGAGGCCCCGAAACCAGAGGAACCAAAGGCAGAGGCCCCCAAACCAGAGGAACCAAAGGCAGAGGCCCCCAAACCAGAGGAACCAAAGGCAGAGGCCCCCAAACCAGAGGAACCAAAGGCAGAGGCCCCCAAACCAGAAGAACCAAAGGCAGAGGCCCCCAAACCAUGAAAACCAAAGGCUUAGGCCCCCAAACCAGAAGAACCAAAGACUUAGGCCCCCAAACCAGAAGAACCAAAGGCUUAGGCCCCCAAACCAGAAGAACCAAAGGCUUAGGCCCCUAAACAGAAGAACCAAAGGCAGAGGCCCCCAAACCAGAAGAACCAAAGGCUUAGGCCCCUGAACAGAAAGCACCUAAGAAGAGAUGUGAUGUUUCAACCUGUGUUUUCACAGCACAUUGCUUCACUGGGCCAGUAUGAGCCUAAAGUAGGACUUGGUUCAUGACUGGGAUGUUAAUGAAUAUUCCAUCUCUUUUAGUUUUUAUGCAACAAAAUGAGGAUUUAAAUUAUAUUUUGAUGUGGACAUAUGUUUUUGUGUUGGUGCACUAUUUUUUGUUAUAAGCAGAUUGUGUACUAAUGUAAAUAUUUUUGCACUGGCCAGAUUCAAGAGUUCUCUCACAUUUGUUGGAAAUUAAAGGCAAUUAGAGGAUUGAUUUAUACAAAGCUUUCUUUGCGUCAUGUUGUCUGUCGCUUGGUUUUCUUUCUCAGCAGCAACAGUGUUUGUCUGCCAUAAUUCAGUUAUAAAUGCACAACCGUAAGCCAAUGUUGUUUUAAAAAAUUGGGGUGAUAUGGAUACAGUAACUUGUCAUUAAUGUACACACUUUGAGUUUAACUUAAAUAAAAACAAAUAUUUUCCAGUAAAAUACAUUUUCAUUGACUAUUAAAAUUACGCAGCUUCUCUUGAUUAACUGUGGUAUUCAUAGUGGCAGUGCUGGAAAACAUAUUAAAAUCUUCUACUUGGGGAAAAAGUAGAAAUACCAAGAUUUAAAAAUUCCUUCAUUGCAAAAGUACAGAAGUAUUAUCUGCAAAAUGGACUUCUGAAAAGUUAAUGUACUCAUUAUGUAGGGCAACCCUUUCCAAGAAAUAUGUUCUUGUAUUACAUUAAUGUACAAACAGCAU